AGUAGUAGAAACUACCGGACACCGGAGUCGAGAACGCAAAAUUGGAUAAAUGUCACUUUUAUUACGUUUUCCUUCGAAGCCGCUCUUUGGAUUAAUUUUGUUUUGUUUAAUUAGAAGUGUUACUACUAAUAUUUAUAGAAACAUGAGUAAUUUCGCGGGAAUUCAUUCUGUUGCAUAUGUUACCGUUCCAACACAAGAAGUUGCUAAAAAAUUGGCUCAUGGUUUGGUGAAAAAUAAACUAGCUGCAUGUGUCAACAUUAUAUCAGGACUUACAUCAAUAUAUGAAUGGAAGAAUGAAAUUAAUGAAGAUAGUGAACUUCUCCUGAUGAUAAAAACUAGAACUGAUACUGUGGAUAUUUUAACAAAAUAUGUAAAAGAAAACCAUCCAUAUGAAGUUUGUGAAGUAAUUUCAUUACCUAUUCAAAAUGGGAAUGAUAAAUAUCUUGAAUGGAUAAGUACAAUAGUUCCACCUAUUGAUCAAGGAAAGUAGAAAUACAUAUUCGUAA